AUAUAAACAAACAACGUAAUUUAUUCAGAUUCAUUUUAUAUUUUUCAAAAGUGUCAUAGUAUUCUGUCUUGUGAAGUGUCUGUGAAUGUUUUUAUUUAAAUUCAUCUACCUAGCUUUGGGAUAUCUAUUUAUCUGAAAACAAAUGAAGACUACAGGGUAAUGAGACCACGGAUCUACACGUGUUGUUUCGGCUGCACAACACUUCGCGCCGGCUGCAUAAUUAUUUCCUGGUUCACAAUGAUAAUUAGUGUGAUAUAUCUUUUCAACGUCAUAAUAUCAAUGAAAAGGUACAAGGGGAAAGGUGAUCCAGAUGAUCCUACAAGAGACUGGGUUAUUAAAUAUGGUGCUCCUGUUUCACUAACGACGUCACUUAUAUUCCUAGUGAGCGGAAUCAUUAUACUCGUGGGAGUGUUCAAGGUCAGCUCGUAUUCUACACUAACAGAUAUAGCGUUCUUCAUAGCAAUCGCGAUUGCGUUGUACGUCUUUAUCGUGAUUGGCUUUCUGGGACUUGCUGGAUCUGCACUGGCCGGCGACAGUACUGCUCUAUUCAUCCAAUUUUUGUUUUGUAUGGCAAUCUGUCUUUACUGUACCUUAGUGUUAUCCAGCUACUUAGAGGACAUGCGGGAUAAUAGAAAUACGACGAUGCAGGUACAGGAAAAUGAAGAAAAUCCUCCAAAUAUCACUCCGGAAGCACCUCCUCCAGCUCGUAGCAGUCCUGUAAAACUUAAUUAAAUUGUAGUAUGCAUAAA